AGUGGCUUCUUCCUCGGCGCUACCUUCGAGGUAGCUGACAUCUCUUUUUCGGCAUCAUGGCUGCCCUCCGCCCUCUGGUGAAACCCAAGAUCGUCAAAAAGAGGACCAAGAAGUUCAUCCGGCACCAGUCAGACCGAUAUGUCAAAAUUAAGGGAAACUGGCGGAAACCCAGAGGUAUUGACAACAGGGUUCAGAGAAGAUUCAAGGGCCAGAUCCUGAUGCCCAACAUUGGUUACGGGAGCAACAAGAAAACCAAGCACAUGCUGCCUAGUGGCUUCUGGAAGUUUCUGGUUCAUGCUGAGAUUGCUCACAAUGUUCGAAAAGCCAUUGUAGAAAGAGCAGCACAGCUGGCCAUCAGAAUCACCAAUCCCAAUGCCAGGCUUCGCAGCGAAGAAAAUGAGUAGAUGGCUGGUGUGCAUGUUUUAUUUGUGUUUAAAUAAAACCAUAAAAGCUGGAAAAAAA